AUGCAUGGCAAUCAGCCAUCCAGAUCCAUGCCUGACGAAGAGACGCCACUCAUUCUCAAUGAAGGGCGAUCAGAUUCCGAGCAUGGAAUUACCCAGCAGCCGACGACACAGUCUACGGAUGAGGCAAAAGUGUCAUCAUCUGGUUCCUGGGUAUCCAUGCCUAACAAAGGCCAGCUAGCUGUCAUAAUGCUUGUCCGCCUCGCAGAGCCAAUCAGCGAACGGUCUCUUACGGCAUACCUUUUCUACCAGCUACAAUGGUUCGACAAGUCCCUAGAUGCGUCGUCGAUCGCGAAGCAGGCCGGGCAUCUGACUGCAGCCUUUGCCGCUUCUCAAUGCGUAACAUCGAUGUGGUGGGGACGGGCAGCCGAUAGCCCGGUGCUCGGUAGGAAGGGCGUUCUCGUCAUUGGCCUCCUAGGUUCAGCGGUUUCAGCACUUGGCAUGGGGUUCUCAACUACAUAUCGGUCUGCCAUGUUAUUUAGGAUGCUAGCCGGUGCACUGAAUGGCAACGUUGCCGUUCUCAGGACAAUGGUGUCAGAGGUUGUUGUCGACAACAGAUACCGCUCUCGUGCAUUCCUUCUUCUACCAAUGUGUUUUAACGUUGGCAACAUUGUAGGACCACUGAUGAGCGGCGUCUUAGCCAACCCUAUCGACUCGCUGCCAAGCUUAUUCGGGCCAGGCUCCUUUUUCGGCGGCCGUGACGGCGUUCAGUGGAUGAGCAGAUUCCCCUAUGCACUCCCCAACGUUGUCUGCGCUCUUCUCUUGGUCACAUCAGCAUUUGGUGUUAUCUUUGCUUUGGGCGAGACUCAUCCUCUGCUUCGGCACGACAAGCCAGGCCAGCGACGACGGCUUGGAGAGGGUCUCCUUGGGGGCAUUCUCAAGAGACGCAACGCCAAGCCCUCCUACCAAUCUAUUGCUACAGAUGAUGACCCUGAACAGAUCCGUGAGACAACGGCUAUGGAUUCGGAAUCAGCCAGUACAAAGCCAGCCCGAUUUACCUCGAUUUUGUCCAGGAACGUUUGCUUGACACUGUUACAACAUUUUCUUCAAGCUCUUCACGUCGCGACUUUCAACUCGGCCUUGAUUGUUCUCCUGCCAACUCCUAGGGGAGAUCCUUCCAAAAUCCACUUACCCUUUCAAUUUGCUGGAGGCCUUGGGUUAUCUACCAAGAAAGUAGCCAUGGCGACGAGCACAAUCGGAACUAUCGGUAUUCCCCUGCAGCUAUUCUUAUUUCCAAAACUGAGUGUCCGACUUGGCCUUUUGAGGUCGUACCGGAUCUUCCUGCCACUCAGCAUUGUGGUUUACUGCAUAUUGCCCUACCUGACUCUACUACCGGAUGACUAUGUCAUUGUCUGGGCUUGCAUGACGGCUGUACUAUCGUUGCAUGUGGUAUCUCGAGUCUUUGUUACACCAGCAACAAUGAUGCUGGUUGACGGGUCAUGCCCCGACCCAUCUUUAUUGGGCACAAUCCAUGGUUUUGCUUCAAGCACAUCAAGUGCUGCGCGCAUUCUGGGCCCAACGGUCGGGGGCACUGUUUUGGGAUGGGGUUUGGCAAACAAUCUCGUUGGAAUUCCGUUCUGGGGAAUGGCUUUCAUUGCUUCGAUAAACUUUGGGCUUCUGUUGUUGGUGAAGGAUUCGAAUGCCUCAUGA